AUGAAAGUCGAUCCGAUUCUCCUGCCUAUCGCCGCAGUCCAGCCGGAUUUCACUUCCUCCCUCUCUGAAGUGAGGGAUGGGCUUGUGCCGGAGGAAACAUUCUGGUUGUCAUGUUACAAGCAUGAAGAGCCCUCCAUUCAUGGAAAAGUACAUGCGACAUUGGACGACGUUGACCGUGACCUCGUGCGUCUGGAAGGCAGGGAUGGAGUGGAGAUGAUCUCUCGUAGAGGAGAUACCUACUUCGCAUCAUGUCCUUCCUUGCAUCUUCCACCGACGCGUCUCGCAAUUCCCGCGAAGGUCUACGUUGAUCCUGCAGCAGAGCAGGGCAGACGGCCGCGGAAGAUCACAGCUUUUGAUGUGUCUCCCGACGGAACACAGUUCGCCACCGGUUACUACGACGGAUCAGUGUGCAUCCGACAGACUUCGGGUUUUGCAGAGCCCACGACCUGCAAACCGCACCUCAGCACAGUGUCUUCUGUACAAUUCUUUCCAUCCUCCAAGGUGCUCCUGACCGCCGGGUCGGAUUUCUCCUUGUCAAUCCUCCCCGCUGAUAAGCCCGAUGCCUCCUCCAUUCCUCGACCGUCUUUCUCUCCUGUGCGCGUACUCCGUGGACACUCGCGAGGGGUCACAUCUAUUGCCAUCAUUGCACGGGGACGGAACGUGCUGUCUGGUUCAAAGGACGGGACUGUGCGGCUGUGGGACGUGCCAUCGGGUGCCCAGAUUCGCACGCUAGUAGCAGGCGGGCACAGCUACGUGCCUGUGCUUGCGCUCAGUCUCGGCAAGGGGGUGCUUGGCUCGCAACAGGAUGGCACAGACGAGAAAGGCCGCGCUCCAGAUGACAUCGACCCUAGAGAGGUUGAGACAGCGGACAAGCUAGCAUUCUGCGGGUUGCAAGACGGGACAUUCGAAGUGUUCGAUCUACGCACCAAGCACUCGGUGUUCCGCUCCACAGCUGACACUGAAACACAAUCCCCGCUGCACGCCAUCUCAUAUACCUCAGUGCAUGGGAUGCUGGCUACGGGUUCGAGCACGGGCAUCGUCUCGCUAUACGACAUACGUACAUUGGAGAGCCCAUUGACGGCAUUUCGGCGGAAUACAGCGGCGAUCGAGGACUUGCAGUUCCUAUCGCUCGAUGCAAAAGCGUUCGCACUACCACAGGCAGUGUCACAGUCAGGCGCAACAUCGAACAUGCCAGAAGCUUCAGAUGUUGGGCUAGCGAUCGCAGCUGAGGACGGACUGCCUUAUGUUGCGGACGUGCGCCCGGGAGGACCGAACGUGCGUGCAGAGUUGGUAGGCCCUGAUUGUGACCCGGUGCGUGCGGUGCGGGUUGUCCGGGAAGAGGAUGUGUGGGUCGCGGCGGACGAUGGGGUCGUACGGCGGUACCGUAUGCGGUGA